AUGAAGUUUCAGAAGUUGUGGUUGCUAGUGGUGUUGGCCGCCGGCGGCGGAUCGCCGGAAAUUGUUCAUUCAUAUGUACGGCCUCCGCCACGGGAGACUUUCAUCGUAUCACUUUCAGAAGAUGCUCUUCCUACCACUCCACAACAGGUACAUGUAUCUUUGGUCGGAGAAGAUAAAAUGCGAAUAUCUUGGAUUACCGACGACCACACUCCGGCCACGGUAAACUACGGCGCGUCUCCUGGGAAAUACCAACAUUCGGCUAACGGCACCAUUUCUUCUUACCAAUAUAUAAAUUACACAUCCGGUGAAAUACAUGAUGUAGUAAUCGGUCCGUUGGACCCGAAUACCGUGUAUUAUUACCAGUUUGGCAUCAGUUCGACUGCUGAAUUCUCUCUCAUGACUCCUCCCGCUAAGUUUCCGAUCAAAUUUUCGAUUUCAGGUGAUAUGGGGCAAAGUGGAUGGACCAAAUCGACUCUUGAACACAUCUCGCAAUCAAACUAUGAUGUGUUUCUACUACCCGGAGAUUUAGCGUAUGCCGAAAUGGUGCAACCCCUCUGGGACUCGUUUGGCCGCCUGAUGGAACCGUUGGCUAGCCAGCGCCCGUGGAUGGUGACACAAGGCAAUCACGAGAUGGAGAUAACCCCGGGCAUCCACGACACCAUGUUCACGUCCUACAAUGCAAGGUGGCGUAUGCCGUUUGAGGAGAGCGGUUCCUCGUCUAACUUGUACUACUCGUUUGAGGUUUCAGGGGUUCACGUCAUCAUGUUGGGUUCCUACACCGAUUUUGGCCAUGGCUCAAACCAAUAUGGGUGGCUAGAGUCGGAUUUGAAGAAGGUCGAUAGAAGCAAAACGCCAUGGCUCGUCGUGCUUAUUCAUGCUCCGUGGUAUAACACUAACUAUGAUCAUCAAGGGGAGAUUCAGUCGUACGGUAUGAUGGAAUCUAUGGAGGGAUUGCUUUACAAGGCUCGUGUAGACGUCGUUUUCGCAGGCCACGUUCAUGCUUACGAGCGCUUUAGUCGUGUGUACAAUGAGGAACCGGAUAGUUGUGGCCCAAUGCAUAUCACAAUCGGGGAUGGAGGCAACCGUGGACACCCUGGCGCCAAGUAUAAAGAACCACAACCAAAGAUAUCGAUAUUUAGGGAAGCCAGUUUCGGGCACGGGGAAUUUGAGGUAGUCAAUGCAAGUCAUGCUCUGUGGUCGUGGCAUAGAAACGACGAUGAUGAAGCGGUUCAAUCCGAUUCGGUUUGGUUAAGAAACCUCGCUUCCAAUCCCGCUUGUAAUAAGCUAGAAACAUGAACUCCUUACAAUAUGCUUAAUAUCGAAUACAACAGUUGUAUCAUGUUAUCUUUUUACGAAUAAGGUCAACUGUUUCAAAAUCAUGUAGAAUUAUACCAUUUCCAUUUAUAAA